AUGGCUGGUGAACAAAGCGACACGAAAGUCGCUCCAGAGGCCUUGGUUGGCAAAUUUCAAAUCACCAAGCUACUGAAGCAAGAUCAAAAUGGCCGACGUAUUGCUCUGCUGGGAACAAUCGACGACCAACAAGGUAUAUUGACUGCCGAGCGUGCUGCAUUUUCCACCGAGUCUCUUGAGGUUAUUCAAGCAUUCCACGCAGCCAUCACGCGCGUCAAGAACCUCGGUGACAACGAUAUCUACCGCUGGUACCUCGCGUCCUCCAAUGGCAGCGCCCAACCAGCCGACAGCCAGCAAGACCUCAAGCUGAACCUGAUCUGGCCCUGCACAGCAAAGCACAUAAAGAAGUACUCGGACCAACAGGUUCGCAUGGUCACCGAGACACCUGAGAUCUACCGCCAGCACGUGCGCCCUUUCAUGCGCGCCAAGCGCGAGGAGGGACAUCUGAACUGGGUGUUCAACAUCCUUGAGGGUCGCACGGAGCAAGAAGAUGUGAUUAUGCGGGAUGCAGGCCACGGUCCCGAGGAUGCGUUCCUGAUGCUGCCGGAUCUCAACUGGGAUCGGAAGACUUUGAACUCGCUGCAUUUGCUGGCGUUAGUGCAUCGACGGGAUAUUUGGAGUUUGAGAGAUCUUCAGAAGAAGCAUAUUCCGUGGUUGAAAUAUCUGCGGCAGCGUGUGCUGGAGGCUACGGUGAAAAUGUACCCGGACUUGGAGGAGGAUCAACUCAAGCUUUACGUUCAUUAUCAACCGACAUAUUAUCAUUUCCACAUCCACGUCGUCAACGUCAUGUUGGAAGCUGGCGCUACCCAGGCCACUGGCAAGGCCUUUGGGUUGGAGAAUAUUAUCUCCCAAUUGGAGACCAUGUCUGGUGGAGAUGAUGUGAGUAUGGCAGAUGUUAGUUUGACGUAUUAUCUGGGUGAGGCAAGCGAGUUGUGGACCGAUAUCUAUGCGCCAUUGAAGAAGGGGCAUCAACCUGUAGCUCACUGA